ACCGGAAGUCUGUCUUUUUUAAUGCGAUUCAGCACAGUAAAGCCUUCAUGCUGGCAGCUGGUCUUGAAAUGUGUUCCGUUAAUGAAGAGUUCACGCUGUUAAACUCUCAAAGUGAAUAAGUCGACCACCGUUUUUUUGGGGGGUGGGAGGCUUUUUGUUGUCGAACUGAAAGCGACCUCGUCAAAGAAUGAAAGUGAUAACCGGAAGUGGUUGCAAGACAACACUGGUAAAAGGAGGAGGGUCGCUGAUGGUCUGACGUGUUGUGUGCAGCGUGGCUGGAAGUCAAGUUUGUUUUGGUUUUACAACAGUUUGUCGUCAACUUUUAAAAGACAACCGCUUUGACGCUCAGGUGCCAUGAGCAACGAGCUCAACGUGCCCAUGGGGUCCCCGGCCCCGGGGGCCUCGGAGCGUGCCCCAGACGGCGGGGGAAUGGACUACAGGGACUGGGUGCGGCGCAGCUACCUGGAGCUGGUGAGCUCCAACCAUCACUCGGUGCAGGCGCUCUCCUGGAGGAAGCUCUACCUCAGCCGGGCCAAGCUCAAAGCCUCCAGCCGGACCUCGGCGCUCCUCUCGGGCUUCGCCAUGGUGGCCAUGGUGGAGGUGCAACUGGAGAUGGACUACCGCUACCCGCUGGCGCUCCUCAUCGCCUUCAGCGUGUGCACCACGGUGCUGGUGGCGGUGCACCUGUUUGCGCUCCUCAUCAGCACGUGCAUCCUGCCCAACGUGGAGGCGGUCAGCAACAUCCACAACCUCAACUCGGUCAGCGAGUCGCCGCACGAGCGCAUGCACCACUACAUCGAACUGGCCUGGGGCUUCUCCACGGCGCUGGGCAUCCUCCUCUUCCUUGCCGAGGUGGUGCUCCUCUGCUGGAUCAAGUUCCUGCCCGUCAAAACCACGCCGGCGCCCGCCGCCUCGGACACGGGGAACAAGGGCUGGCAGGCGGCGUUGGCCUCCACCAUCAUCAUGGUGCCCGUGGGCGUCAUCUUCGUGGUGUUCACCAUCCACUUCUACCGCUCGCUGGUGCGCCACAAGACGGAGCGCCACCACCAGGAGAUCGAGGAGCUGCACAAGCUCAAAGUGCAGCUGGACGGCCACGAGCGAGGCCUGCAGGCCGUGUGAGGUCACGUGACCAGACUGGCGCUCGUCCCCCUUAUUGGUGAAUUUAUAAACACAUGCCAACAUGGCCGACUGCUUAUUUCCUGUUGCGUACUCAGGAAGCAAACAUUAAUUAGUUAUUGACGUGUAGGAACGAUGCUCUGCUCUGUGGUGCCGCCCUGCUGGUAAGUACACUCAUUUCAUUGACUUUACUUCAAAGCUCAAGAAUUAUGACUGCUCAAUUUUUACACAGCUCGUUUCUUUUUGCUGCACAAAAGUCUUAAUCGGAGCUCGGUCAGUUACACUUUUUUUUUUAAUCAUUUAUUUUUUAGUUUCAAGCCUUCUGAUGCUGCUUUAAGUGUUGGUCUUCCAGUUGCUCGUGUCAGAGCUCCAAAAAGGGCAUUGGUGGUUCUUCUGUGACUCGUUGUCGCCCCCACACAAGGCUAGGUUACAAAGUGCACUUUUAAACCGUGUUUACACUUAUUUAUACUUCCUUACUGUAUGAACGGGACACUUUUUAAAACCCUGGGUUGGUAAAAAAGAGGCGUCAUAAAUGAAUAAGUAAAAAAAUAAAUAAUUGGUCAGUGUAAUCGUGAAUGUACUUUUUUGCCUUAUUUAAGCUUUGGUUUACUGUCUUCAUAUUUCUGAUUACAUUCCUAACACAUCUGAAAUGAGCCUGAUAUAUCCGUUGUUUACCCAUCCUUCAAAAUAAAAGCUCACU